AUGUUGUCUACUUAUAUUAACCCAGUGCUACAAUCGAUCAGUGCUUUAUUUUCGUCACUCUACUUGGGGCUAAUCAUCCUCACCAUCCCCCUUGCAUUUGAUGUUGGCGGAGUCAACUGCGGUCUAGCGUUCUCGUUGACGGCGCUUGUUAUUUAUUUCAUCUUGACCACGGUGAGAUUGUCAUUUAGGAGGACCAAGUACUUCAAAUGGGUCUCCACCAUCUACUAUAGCCAGCAUUUUUUCAUCCCGAGCUUGUUGACUUAUUUCCUAAGCUACCAUCGCCAGAACCAAACAUCGGACCCUGCGUGGAGCAUAGUUUCCGUGUGGAAGCUUUUGUUGAUCAAUGCCACCCCCGUGUUCACCAUCUUGGAAGGGUUCUGCUCGUUGUUGUUGAUUCAGGCCAUCGGACAAACUGUCAAUUGGUUGACUAGGUACAAGUCCGACUCGUGGUUAAUCAUCUCGUUGGUCAGCAGCGCCCUUGUCGACACGGCAGCAUUCUACUUUUUGUACAGAAUCUACGUGUUUCCCUUCACGAUUGAUAUCCUCAGCGCAUCGUUGUUGGGCUCCUUGCUUACGUUGACGAUUGGAUUGGGCUUGUUUGGUAUCGUUAGCGGUAAAGGCUCCAUGAUUGAGUCCCUGUUGCUUUUCGCGUACAUUGUCCGGUGCAUCUAUGAGACUUUCCCCAUAUUGUCGGAAGAUGCCUCGCAGGCCUUGGCUGACCUCUUGACGCUGGCAACACAAAAUGUCAGAAAGGAGAUCCCCAAAUUCGCCCCUUCGAUAUUGAACCCCAUCUCCGAGGUGGUGCCCUUUUUGGCGUCAACGUUGCCGUCCUCAUUCAAGGGUGUCUGGGAGUUUCUUGUGAUGGCAAUACAGAACUUGACGUUGGCGCUCUUGUUGAACCUCGCUUAUCGCAUCGGGGUGUUUUACGCAGCAACAAAGAUCAUCCCUUCCUUGUACCAAUCGGUGUCGUACCCCAGUGUCACGCCGCCAAAGACACCGCAACCGCGAUCUCGACAAACGUCGAGCUCCUCGCUUCAUCAAAUGCUUGGCGAGGCCAACGACUCCAGUGUCAAUGACAGGAAACACGUUGCGCACAAGAGAAAACCAUUCCAUCUCAAACCACCACACCACCAACCGCCAUCCGCGAUAAUACGGCUCAUCUACGCUUACUCGCCCUGUUUAAUCAUCGCGGUCUACACCCACUUGAUGUUGUCGUACUCGGGCGAAUUGGGCACUGAGCUACAAUUAUGGCCGUUGUGGGGUAGCCCCUCCGCCUCGUCGACAUCAGUCAUUGUCCAUCCGUGGAAGUUCUGGAACUGGGUCAACAUGGGCACCACCUUGAUUCUCUACGUUGCUGAGCUCCUGAACAACGAAAGCUCGUCUGGUGGUGGAAACAGUCUCACGAGCCAUUGGAAAAUAGAGUGA